AUGAAAACUAGUCAAAAAAGAAGUGAAAAAAAAGAUCACACUAAUAAGAAAGAUAUUAGUAAUAUAAAAAAUAAUUUAAAUGUGUAUACAAAUGAAGACAAAAUGAGGAAUUUUAAAAAUAUACACGAAAGAAAUGAAGAAAGAAAAAGAUCUUCUAAUUUUCUUAUUUUAAAUGAUAAAAGUGAAUUUAAUAAUUAUAAACAUAACACUUCAAAAAGUUCUAUUUCCGAUGUAAGUGAUAGUUUGAUGUUAAACGAAAAACAAAAGGAAGGGGUCAACAAUAAUCUAAUUACAACUCUUAUACAAGAUAUAGAAAUAAGUAACUCAAAAUUGAAGAAGAAUUUUAAAACAGUGGAAAUAUUUUGUUCUGAAAAUAAUUUUUUAAACUCACAUGCUAAUGAAAUUAAUGAAAAUAUAAAUAAUAAUAUAAACAGUGAAAAUAUCAAUAUUAUUAUUUCCAAUAAUUCAAAUGAUAAAAAUAAUGAUUUAAUAAAUGAAAGUAUAAAUAAUGAAUUAAGUAAGAAAAAUAAUCUUAAUAAUAAAAAUAAUAGUAAUAUUUUUACAUACAGUGAUAAGCAAUGCAUGAAUAAUAAUUCUAUAAAUAAUAUAAUAGAAGAAGGAUAUUCCUUACCUUUAAACACUACUAACAAUAAUGAAAAAGAAAAAAAGAGAGAAUGUGAUGAUUUGAAUAAUCAAGAAACAAUGAAUAUACAGAACAACUCAAAAAUGGAUGAAUACAAAAUAAAUCAUGAAAAUGAUUUAUUGUGUAAUAUUUCUACUAAAUCACUUUCCUUAAAAAAUAAUUUAGAAGAAGAAAACAUUUUAAAAGUAGAUAAUGUAAAUGAAAAUGUUUCAAAUGAUAAUACCAAAAAUGAAAAUAUGUUUAGUGUUAAUGAUAUGAAUAUGAUUAAUUCAAAUGAAAAUAAUAUAAAUGAUAUAAUUCUAGGUGAAAGUAAUGUAAAUGGCCUAGUUCCAAAUGCAAAUAAUAUAAAUAUUAACACAGAAAGUGAGUAUUUUUCCAAUACGAAUAAUGAAAAUGGUACAUUAAAUAAUACUGCUAGAAGUAGGAAUUCAAAUGAAAACUAUUCAAAUUCUGAAGAAUUAGAUUAUUAUGUUUUAACAAUAGCAGAUUUGAGAAAUACUAACGAAAAUGAAAAUAAUGGAGAACAAGAACAUUUACCUGAACCCCGCUUUUUAAGUAAAAUGUUUGGUUAUGAAAUAAAACCUAAUUUUGAAGAAUAUAAUAUGAGUAAAAUAAUUAGAACAUCAUUAUUUAUACUUAUAAUUUUUAUUCUUUUUAGUAUUGAAUUUUCUUUGCUAUAUAAUAACAUUUUAAAAUUAAAAAUUGACAGUAAAUUAAUAUUAGUAGAAUCUCAUUAUAAUAAUAUGUUUUUAACCAAUUUUUUAUAUCAAUUUGAUGAAAAAGAGUUAAAUAAUUUAAUAGUAACAAAUGAUAUAAUUAAAGAAGAAAUAAAUAAUGGUAAUUUUAUGAUAUAUAAUAACUUAUGUAUACUAUUGAAAAAAUUAAGAGUAACUUGUAAUAAUUUAAUGGAUUACUACAAAGCAGACCAUGAAAAUAUAGAAAAAUUAUACGAAAACACAAUAAGAGCUUUUGAAGAAUUGCAGAGAAAAGAUAUAAUAGUUUAUAGAGUAAAUGAAUCUGUUUUUAUUCGGUGUAAUGACAUAACUACAAGAAAUCUUAAAAAUAACGAAAAUAAUAUAUUUUUAUUUGUGUUUUCAAAUAAAUACCUGAAAAUUAGUAAAUUAUUUUUAAUUUUAACUUUAUUUUUCUUUUUUGUUCGUAUUGCACUAAUUUUGUCUAGAAUUCUUUAUGAGUUUGUUUUGCUAUCUUGUUACAGAGAUUAUAAAUUGUCAUUAUCAUGUAAAAGGAUGUAUUUAGCUAAAUAUGUUUGGUCUGUUUGUACUAUAUUAAUCCUAGAAAUAAUAUUGGGUGAUGAUUGUAUUAUUUGGUGGUUACAUGACGUUGAUCCUCUUUUUAAUUAUCAUUUUCAAUAUUUUGUUUGGAUUAUUUCCUUAUUAUGCUUUUUAUCAUUUGUAUUCUGUAAAAUUCUAAGGAAAUAUAGUGAAGCACGUAAUCAUGAUUAUUCUAAUAUUUGUUUUUUACUUAAUUUUUUCCAUGAAUUUUUAUUUGGGGCAAAUAUUCUAUUUGCAUGUAUUUUCAUUUUAUUAAAUGUACAUAAAUCUGCAAUUAUUACUAUAAUUGUAACCGUUAUUGUUUUACUAAUUGACAUUUUAAAUGAUUCAUAUGUCCAACAAGCACAAGCAAUAAAUUCACAACCACAAAGAUCAAAUAGACCCCCCAAAAAAAAAUUUUAUGUAAUUGAAAAUAAAAAAAAAAGUGUAAAAGUGAUAACUUUAGUUCGCAUAAACGAACAUAUUUAUCGUGAAAUUGCGUCAGGCAAUUUAAGUAAAAGUAAUAAUAACAAAAAUAAAGACAGUUUUGAUUCAUAUAAAAUAGAUAAUACAAAAUGGUGGAACAAAAAAAGAAAGAUCUUUAACUUAAGAAAUAUCUUUAAUAAAAAAUAUUUAAGUAAAAAUAAAGAUUUUAAAAAGCCUAUGAGUAAUAAUAUUAACACAUGCAACAGUCACAAAUUAUAUGAUUUAAAUUCUUCUACAUUAGAAUACUGUGAAAUUUGUGAUGAAAGAAGCAAAAAUGUUGUUUUAUAUCCAUGUAUGCAUGGUGGUUUUUGUGAAACAUGUAUAAGAUCAUUGAUAAUAAAUUCUCUUAAAUCAAAAGAUGCCCUUCCUCAUUGUCCCUUCUGUAGAAAUAACAUUAAAAAUGUUUACAAAAUAUCAUAUGAAGAUGAACAACGAAAAGUUCAAGCUAAUACUAUAUUAACUAUUCAAACAAAAUGA